AUGGCUUCUCAAGGCAUGUACAAUGCUGCGACACUUUGUAAAAGAUUGGAAGCUGUGACUGCACGGCUCGAGGAUAUCGUGUCGACACUGGACAAGACCGCGGAUGCUGGUCAACCAUCAAAAUCGUCAAUUAAAGAACACUUGACAGCUGCCCUCCAGGUAGCAUCCGAUGAUAUGUUGAUUGGGCAGUCAGCACAAGAAGCUCCAGAUCAGUCCAUCUCCUCGGAUCUUUUAGAUUUUGACGCCUUUCUCGAUACCACAGUAGCGCGCUACGUUGAGUUGAGCAACGAGAUUGGUGGACCAGUCGCAAAGCAAGCUCAAUGCAUUCUGUAUGGUCUUCGAGAACAACGAAACAUCAUAGAGAAGAUAUCGAAAAUAUCCAGUCCUGACUCAAACACACUGGACUCCCUCUGUCAGCCACUAACACAGGCCAUGGCUACAGCCAAAGCCAUUCAGGAGGCCAACCGCGGUCACAAAUUAUAUAAUCAUCUCAGUUGUGUAGCAGACGGUAUUCUGCUCUUGAGCUGGAUCAAGAUACAAAUGCGGCCUUUCCGACACAUUGAUCAGAUGUUGGAAUGCGCAAAAUACUUUGGCAAUAAGGUCCAAGCUGAGCACAAGCAAAAGUAA